CCGCGGGGCCGGGGCGGUGACGAUAGCAGCGGUUCCGCCAUUGGACGAGGAGGCCUGAGGGACGGGCCAGCCUAGUGAGCGAGGAGAUAGCGAGGCGGGUGGCCCCGAGAGAGCGAGGGCAAUGGAGGCCAACAUGCCGAAACGGAAGGAACCUGGCAAGUCCCUGCGCAUCAAAGUCAUCUCCAUGGGCAACGCUGAAGUGGGAAAAAGCUGUAUUAUAAAACGGUACUGUGAGAAAAGAUUUGUGUCUAAAUACCUUGCAACAAUUGGAAUUGACUAUGGAGUCACAAAAGUACAAGUCAGAGACAGAGAAAUCAAAGUUAACAUCUUUGAUAUGGCUGGCCAUCCCUUCUUCUAUGAGGUUCGUAAUGAGUUUUACAAGGAUACACAGGGUGUAAUACUGGUCUAUGAUGUUGGGCAGAAAGACUCCUUUGAUGCUCUUGAUGCGUGGCUAGCAGAGAUGAAACAAGAUCUUGGACCUCACGGAAACAUGGAAAAUAUUGUAUUUGCAGUGUGUGCCAACAAGAUUGACUGUACCAAGCACCGCUGUGUAGAUGAAAGUGAAGGGCGUCUGUGGGCCGAAAGUAAAGGGUUCCUGUACUUUGAAACUUCAGCACAAACUGGAGAAGGAAUCAAUGAGAUGUUCCAGACCUUUUAUGUGUCCAUAGUUGAUUUAUGUGAAAACGGCGGGAAACGUCCAAUCACUAAUAGCAGUGCUAGUUUCACCAAAGAACAAGCAGACACCAUUCGCAGAAUUCGAAACAGUAAAGACAGUUGGGAUAUGCUGGGAGUCAAACCUGGGGCCUCAAGGGAUGAAGUCAAUAAAGCCUAUCGGAAACUCGCUGUGCUGCUUCAUCCUGACAAGUGCGUGGCACCUGGUAGUGAAGAUGCCUUCAAAGCGGUUGUGAAUGCCCGGACAGCCCUCCUGAAAAACAUCAAGUAGGAAGUAAGAGAAAAAGACAAAUGCGGGCCUCAAGUAUGAAUGGACUGUCCCUAGAAGUGAAAUAACCAACAUGGACUUUUUUUCUCCACAGAAAUCUUACUGCUUUUUUCUCUCGUGUUGUCAUUUGUAAAUUAGAAAUUCAGGUGCCUGUUAUCAUUUCACAGAGUGGUGUCAAGAACCAAGCGCCACUUGUAUGUAUAGUUCAUUUCCUAUUUCUAAAUAAUCUGAAUUUUUUUCCUCCUUCAUUCGUAAGCUCUGUAGUGAUAGCAUCCCUCACGUGCUUCACUCAGGAAAAUCCAGGUUUCUGGAGGGAGGAAGGGGGACAAGAAGACCCCUUUGCUUUGCUUUUCCUUUUUUUUUUUUAAGUUCAUUGGAGAAGGAAACAACAAAGACAGAAGGAAACAAUAUCAAAACCCGCAAAAGUUUGGUGGGACCUCACAAGCAAGUUGCUUUUUUUUUUUUACGAGUUCCUUAAGUAAUAUUUGAAUCAUCGAUCAAUCCAUAAUUAAUGAACUCUUGACAGCCCUUUGGAAGUUUGUGAAUUGAGGCAGUUCCAAAUAGAGUAGCCCUUGUAGGACAUGCACUCUGUCCCCUUCUCCAGCCACCAGGGGAGAGACAGGCUAGUCCUAGGAAGGAAAAGGCAGGGGCAACCAAGAGUUCUGGGAACACUGGCUAUUGCUAGUCUUGCCCCUGGAUCAGAGGCCUUUCUUUAGCAUAGAACCAGGUGCUGGUAGUGGUAGGGAGCAUCGUGCACCUAGGAAGCAGGAAUUGGACCCCAAAACAGAAUUGCUUGCAGGUUACAGAAGCAUGUGUGUGCACAUCCCCAGAGGGCAAGAUCAGAGGCAAGGCCUAAGGGCACAGCCAACCUGGCUUGGGCUUGUGUGAUACCCCUAGGAGAGCCUGUGUAUGAGGCUUGUGCCUUUUUUCAUUUCUGCACAGUUUGCCAUAGAUAGGUAGGAAAGAUAGGGUUACUCCUAUGAGCCGGGCCUCUUUUUCACUUCCUUAUCUGCAUUAGUUCCCUCUUCUUCCUCUUUUCUUCUCUUAUUAUUAUUAUUUUUUUAAUAUACCACAUCUGUCAUUUUUCUCUUACUGAGUCCCUGGCUUUUGGCCACUGCCUCUUCCAUCCUCUCUUACAAGCCCUGGUUGACCAGAGACAGUAUGGAUCCUUUGAGUGUUGGUGGAAGGAGAGAUCUUAAGGCCUAAGUGGAAAGAAUCUCUAAUUUCUGCUUGGGCUUCAUAUUUCUAAAUAGUAAUAUUUUUAAACUAUAGAUUAUGAAAGCUAAUUUUACAUAGAAAAAUAUGUUCUCUUGCCAUAGUCUCCUCCUCAGUAUCCAAGGAAUGGUUGAAGAUGAAGUAUAUGAGGACUGACCAUUCUUCCAGAGCUUUCAGAACUGGUCUUGCUGUUUGACCCAUUAUAUUGUCAGUCUCAGUACAUUGCUCCUACUUUUAGCUGCACUAAUUAGGCUUUGAGGUACAUCAAAUGUUACUGUAUGUGAAUUUUAAACAGCUAUCUCAUAUUUAUCACCACAUAGCAUUCGCCUUCUACCCAAGAAAAGCCAUGUUAAUUUGAUUUAAUUCCAGCCCUCUGCAGUCUGCUGGAUUCUUCUCUCCAAAGCAGCUUCCCUUUGUGUGGCUGCACUUGGGCUGCAUUGAGCUUGUUGUCAGGAAAUCAGAGCAUUGUGUUCUACUAUGACUUCUCAUCUUGGUGGUAUUGAAAAUGCUUCUUUUUUAUGAAUUGAUUCUGAUAUAUGAUUUCCUAGGAAUUGUCCUCUGGACUUUUAAUUUUAAAUAGCUUCUGGGACUACAGAACACCAACCCAAAGUUCUUCUGAAUUUAAAUUUUGCUUAAGGCCUUCAUCAUGCCUAAAGUAAUUAAAUGUAGAUCUAUUCUUGCAACAGAACUAGAGUCAGAAAAAAACGAGGGAUUGUGCAUGGUAGUGUCAGUCCAAAUUGACAUGGUAGGUCACUGAGUAUGUGGCUCUGUAUAAAGCCUGUGCCAGUUUUCAUCACUGUUACUAAAGACCAGAUUGGUCAUCUUAUUCAACUACAUUGUGCAGAUGAGCAGUUAUAACAGAGAGUUCUUUAGUGCUUCCAUUCCUAUAUAAUGAGUGACUUGUUGAAAUUUAGCCUGAUCUUCAUUCUUAGGUCUUGGAACCCAGUUCCCAGCACCUCCUUUAUUAAUGUUAAGGUCGGCCAUGAACUACUUCAUUUAUGUAGAAGAAGGAAAAAAAAAAGUUCAGCUUCACGGCCCUAGAAUUUGUCUGAGUGCCAUAAUCCUUGCACAGAAUAUUAAGGGAUAAUAAAGCAUGAUUUGCAAUGCAAAGUCUUUUGGUACUAACUUCAUACAAAACUUUGUAGACCUCUGUGUAUUAGUUUAAAUUAUCGGUGCAAAUAUAUGUACUUUGUAGUUCAACUUUAUGAAAUUCCUUCAGCCAGUUAGGAUUUCAGAAUAUGUUGGUGAGAGUAACAAUUAGCAGAACCAUUCCAUUCACUAAAAAAAAAUUGAUGGAGAAUCUUGUUUUUCAGAAAAGAAUUAAAAAGUUUGCACAGUUCUUUUGAAAGAAAGCCAUUACUUCCAUGUCUGAGUCACCAAGAAUGAACAGUUUGAAAGUUUGUUAGAAAUCCCUCGAGGCAUUUCCACCUAAUUGCCCAUCCUACCUAAGCACUUUAAAAUACACCCUCCUUUUCCCCCUCUGUUCCCCUGUGUGGCUUCUUUUGAAUUGACAUUCUCAGCUAUCAGCAGUCUUCCUAAUUCCGCUUUGUCAUUUCAUAUUAUCACGAACACGUGUCCUUGGCCCUGUUAGCCUGUGAACAUGAAAGUCUAGGCCUGGAGUAGUGUGCUGCUACCCAGGAUAAAUUGCUAUAAUCCUAGAGUGGCACGCUGUCCUUUAGGGCUUACACUUACCUCAGGAAACGUACUCUAGUGUGUUCUCAUGCAUCAAAUUCUCAACUGGUAAAUAAUUUCUUUGUACCCAUAAACUGGUACCUAAUUCACUGCUAGUUAAAAGAGCCAUAGAUAAGGCAGCUAAAUUUCUGAAAGAAAGCCAGAGUAAGCGGCCCCUGUAAACCCUGAAUCAGUUAACAGUAGCUGUUCCUCAGAGAACAGCAACAAAAUCUCGAGGGGGUGGGAGGUGUUUCAGGCCCAAGUUAGAAAGGGUGCAGCAGUGUACAGAUUGCCCCUGACAGCGCCCUUCUCAAAGGUAAUUUCUGUAGGCGCCGGGAUGUCACUCCCUUCUCCACUGCACUCCAUCUAGCUGCCAACAUUUCUGUAAAACUCUUGAAAAUGAGUUUAGCUGCAGAAUAGAGCUCCCUACCUUCCAUUGCAAGUUUUGCAAAGUGAAGAAAGGCUCAUACUUCUCAUAUUUGGUAUUAGCACAAUUGUAAGACGGCCAAUAACGUUUGUGCGUUGGUUAUUCCAUUAAACCUUUCUGGGAAAGACAAAAGCUUAAAUUUGUGAUGUGGGUAAGUUAGAUUGUGUCUAACAAGCAGUGCAAUAUUCAGCUGUGCCAGAAAGGCCCUGGUGGUGAAAGGACUUGUUGGCAGGCUGGACGGUUUGGGUUAGUGUCCUGCAUUGAUUUCCUGUGGGGCACGUGUCCCCUUUGACUGUGAAUGCAAAGUAUCUAAAGAAACCCUUCGCUCUUACGAGGUAAUUUACAUAUUUGCUUCUGUUGAAAUAACUGAAAAUGUUAAAUCUAACAGUUGUUUAUGUCUUGUAUAGAGAGUGUCAUAUGUAUUUAAGUUGUGUAUUUUUAUAAAAUAAAGCCAAAA